AUGGUUCUCCAAGAGGGUGCAGUCUAUUGCACUCUUCUCUUGAGCGAUCAUUAUCUCCCAGGUGCCACAGUUCUGGCCCAUUCCCUGCGUGACAAUGGCACCAAAGCGAAGCUGGUGGCUCUCUUCACCCCAGGCAGUCUACAGCCAGCGACCAUUCAGGAGCUUCAGGCUGUUUAUGAUGAACUAAUACCUGUGCACCCGCUGACAAACGUUACCCCAGCGAAUCUCUGGCUCAUGGAUCGGCCGGACUUGAUCGCAACCUUCACAAAGAUCGAGCUCUGGCGCCAAACACAAUACAAGCGCAUUGUCUACAUCGAUUGCGAUGUCGUGGCUCUCAGAGCUCCCGAUGAGCUCUUGGAGUUGGAGGUAGAUUUCGCCGCGGCUCCGGACGUGGGCUGGCCGGAUUGCUUCAACAGUGGCGUGAUGGUGCUUCGUCCCAACUUGCAAGAUUAUCAUGCUCUGAGAGCAUUGGCAGAGCGAGGUAUCAGUUUCGAUGGUGCCGAUCAGGGCCUACUGAACAUGCACUUCCGCGACUGGCACAGGCUGAGUUUUGCGUACAAUUGCACACCCAGCGCCAAUUACCAGUACAUCCCCGCCUACAAGCACUUUCAAAGCACAAUCAGCAUGAUCCACUUUAUUGGAGCACAAAAGCCAUGGAACAUGGCAAGGCAGGUGGAUCCAGUUCAUUCGCCGUACAAUCAGUUGCUGGGAAGAUGGUGGGCUGUCUAUGAUAGACAUUAUCGUCCUACCGUGACUUUGCCAAUCCAGCCAACUCAGCCAUCGAAUAUUGUACCUACAAUUCAGGUGGAGACGCCCACGCCACAGGAAGUGCCUUGGGAUUCACAGGAAGAUAAGCAAGCGCAGCCACAUAGGGACUAUCAGGAGCAUGCGUUCCAUGACCAAGCUACUGAAACGCGCUUUGAGCCACCCUCGCAACCGCAUUGGCAACCACAACCACCACAGGAACCUCAGCUGGGGGCACCAACGCCAAGUUAUCAUGGUCACGGUGCGCAAGAGGCCCCUCAAGUGCAUCAGAUCCAAGAAUUCUACCAGGAGCUCCCUCAACAAAGUGUACCGAUUCCGGAUCAACAGCACACGACAUUGACAGGCCUACCACAGCCCACCGAGGACGUGCAACGGCAGGAACAGCAUGCGAGUGAAAGUGUACAAGCACCGAUUAUAAGUGCCGUUCCACGAUAUGUUCGUGGAGAGGAGCAUGUCACCGCGUACAUACACCCUCACUCGGGCGAGACAUCAUUUGUAGCUCAUAUUGAGCCGCCAUUGCACGCGCAUGAAGCAAGUGUACCAUCAACUGUAUCAACAAUUUCCUCAGAGUCCUCAUAUCCCCAGCCCCACUAUCCUCAACAUCCUGCAGAGUCCAUUCAUUCGACUGAGCAGCCACCUGCACCGCCAUCACCAAAACCUGAAGUUCGGACUUCGUUUGAGCCACCCAAGGCAGAAUGGGAUGCGUCCAAGGAACCCCCGCCAUUGAAUACGAAACCUGAAGGUAUUGCACUGGCAAAGAAAACCUACACCAUGUCGCAGGAUGAGCAGCUCUUCCAGCCUCCAGAAUCCUAUCCGGAAGCACCUAAAAACAUGUAUUAUGAAGUGCCUAGCACGAAGCCGGAGCCAGAAAAGCUUACACAGUUGUUUCCCUGGGAGACUCAUGCGCCCACACCAACUCGCGUGUUCCCAGAAGACGAUCAAAGCUCAGCCACAUUUACUCUCCCAAGAUCCUUCAUUGAAUCUACAGAAGACGAGGCAAGCCCGUCACCGGAGUCUCGGAUGAAAUCCUGGACCUCCGAAGAGCCGACCGAAUCCUGGGAUACUUACUCGCGGUCUAAUGCAUGGGAUGAGGUCCCAGAGAUCCAACGAUACAUUCAGUCCCUGCAGCAAGCCCGCAAAGGCAGAGUCCAAGUGCUCACUGGCGGCCCGUCCAGCGCAGGACAGAGCCUACCAGGCCAAGAAAGGUUCAACUACAGUUGGACCAACGUGCGGGUGACAGACUUCCCUAGCGAAGAAGAGCGCCCCAGCCUCCCUGUAACCCCAGCCCCCAUUCGCAGACAACCACCUGGCCCAGGUGAAGAAAAUUCCGACCUAGACCUACUUCCCCCUGCACACGGUGUGCCAAACCAGGAGGACUGGAACCCUACAGUCGGUCUCGAAGAGCUUCGUCGAUAUCAGUCCGAAGUGUUGGAAAAUCCAGAUUUGCUUCAUGAGCGGAUCCUCACGAUUCGUCUGCGCAGGGAUUCAUAA